CUUAUGGUGUUAAAGAUUUGAAAAGAUAAUGGUAAGAAACAUUUGAAUUUUGUUACCCUAAACCUACUACGUACAGGAAGAUCUGCCGUAGAAGAAGACCCAAAUGAUGAAAAGAAUAACAAAUCUUUUAACUAAAUCUCCGCUAGGGGAGCUGAACGAAUGUUUAUAAUUGUGCUUACUUUGUUUGCUCACAUUUCUCAUCAUUCUCCAAAAUUUCCUUGUCUAAAUUCUAAUGGCCUCUCUCGGAAUUCUUCCAGAAGAAGUGAUGAUCGAGAUUCUCUCCCAACUUCCGCCGGAAUCUCUCCUUCGUUUCAAGUGCGUUAACAAAUCCUGGAAUGCACUGAUCAAUGACUAUAAAUUCGGAGCAAAACACUAUUCCAAUUCUCGUCGGCGCAAACAUGUUUUUCUCUGGUGUCCUCGCAUGGACACAGAGGUAAAUACCUUCUCCUUCCUGGAAUUACCUCUCUCACUCAAUUCAUCAGUGUCCUUUUUCGAUAUCGAUUUCUCAUUGAACGAGUAUUUUCGGUCAAUAGAAAUCAUUGGCCAUUCUCAUGGAUUAAUUUGCCUCAGCGUUUGCCAUUGGGACAUUUAUUUGUGGAAUCCCUUGACUACAGAGUUUCGUAAACUUCCGCCGUCGAUUAUUCUCCAUCCUCGUGACAGCUACAGUUCGUUUACGAGGGCUAUUGGAUUUGGGUAUGAUUCAAAAUCUAUGGAUUUUAAAGUGGUUAGGUUUAUGGGUUUUGCAAAAGAACCUGAAUUUUAUUACCGAACAAGAGUAGAAAUCUAUGAUUUGACCAAAGAUAGAUGGAGAGAAAUUGAAAGUCCUUUUCUUGGUCAUAGAUUUUGGAAGCCUUGUUUUAAUAUGUGUCACGAAGGAACAUGUUACUGGUGGGGACUUAGUGAGGAAGGUAUCGAGACUCUAGAGACGUUCGACAUGAGCGAUGAGGUUUUCGGCCAAAUUUCGAUACCGGAGGAUUUUGAUGUGAUUGCUGACGGCCCAAAGUGUUUAGGUGUUUUUAAUGGAUCCAUUGUCGUGUUUCCUUAUCCAUAUAAAGGAUAUGAUACAAUGUUCAACGUGUGGCGAAUGGGGAAAGAUGAAUUUGGUGGAGUUUCAUGGUCAAAGAUAUUGACAAUUGGGUCUGUUUUCGGAAUUGAGAAGGCAUGGUGGAUUGUGAACUCGGAUGAACUUUUUAUGGAGAUCAACAAAGAAGGAUUGAUUUCGUAUAAUAAUAGUAAAAGCCAAUGCUUGAAGCUUCCAACCAGUUGCUUUGCUACUGCUUUUGUUAAGAGUUUGAUAUCGAUAAAUAGAGCUGCAAAGAUAUUGAAGUGUUCACCACCAACAGGAUCAUACAACUUGAAAUGAUCGAUAUAAUGUUCUGGAAGAUCCACAUGAUAAAAAUCAUCAACUGGUCCCCGGCCCUGUACGAUCAAGAAAUGUGGUGAAAUACAGGCGUUGGUUUUUAGGAAUUUGAGUCCAAGGAUAGUUGUAAGCUUGUAACUAUCCUUUAGGUCUUGCCCUUGAAUUGAACCAUUGUUUUCUUAUUUUUUUAAGCAGUGGUUUUGUAAGUCUCUUUCGUAUUCCUUCAUUUAUUCUCAAUAAAGGCUGGUUUCUAAAACCCAAAUAUAUAUGUAUGUGUGUGUGAAUGUGUGUAUAAUGAAUAAAUAAAUAAUCAUCAGCCAGAGAACCAUGAUCAAGGGUUGGAACGUCUA